AUGACUUACUUGAGUUGCGGUGGGGGUGAGACCAGGUUGGAGUACUGCUUACACAUGCAUAACUAUAAACCAUGCACCCACAGCCAAGAUGUGUCAGUUUACUGCAGACAGGGAACUACGGAUAUUCGACUUUUUGGAGGAACGUCAUCAUCGGGGACUGUGGAAGUUCUUUACGGUGGCGUAUGGAGCACCGUGUGUGGGAAUAACUGGGACAUCAACGACGCUCACGCAGCUUGCAGGCAACUCCACUUUGAAAGGGCAGAAAGCAUAUUCUCCAAUGGUACGUUUAGAGGUUCAGAACCCGGAGCUUAUGAAUUGAGCAAUUUCAGGUGUGGAGGCAGUGAGAAAAGAUUACUGGAUUGUCCUACCACGACGAGCACCGUCUGUCAGCAUAGCCACGAUGCUGGAGUCAAAUGUGAAAUCGACAAACCACCCAACUUCAAUUGUAGUGAGCUUCAGGUGUGCAGCCAGACAGGCCGAAAACUGAUCUGUGCCUGCGUGGAAGAUGAAGAACAUGAACUGACCAAUAUGACCGGCUCUACAGAAGGACCUUGUAGAAACGACGACCCUACGAAUCCGACUAAGAUCCAUCUCUGUCGAAACCGUACCGGAGACUUUAGCUGUGGGUGCGUGGAAGGGUUUCAGCUAACUAUCGAAAACAUCUUCUGUCAAAGUGAAACCACGCAUGACUGUAAUACUAUGCAGUCAUGUAGGAACACUAAGGGUGGAUAUGACUGCCCCUGUAUAGAGGGAUACACGAGAAAUAACGAGACUGGAGAAUGUGAUGAUAUUGACGAGUGUUCAACCGACUAUAUGAACUGCCCGGAAGCCCAAAUUUGUAACACCUUCAACAAAACUAUCUUCUGUGAAUGUCUGGAGGGUAACGCAACUGACUGUGAUCUGGACAACUGUACCAAUAUCUGUGCUGGAGUGGAGGUGUGCACCAAUGACGCCUGUUCCUGUCACCAAGGAUAUUUCCUCAACACCGAAAACAUGCCUUGCGAAGGCGGUGGCUGUGGUGAGAUGAUCCAUGAGUGCACUGACAUGGAGACUUGUAACAACACGAUUGGAGGCUACGAGUGCCCAUGCAUGAAUGGCUUCCUCAGAGGUCAAGGGGUCAACGCAACAUGUGACGAUAUUGAUGAAUGCAUGGAGGAAACCGAUGGUUGCGAUCAUCUCUGUAUGAACACUGUAGGUGGAUAUUCUUGCGCCUGUGUGGCGGGUUUUACGUUACUAGAGGACCGUCAUACUUGCGUCAUGCCAAUGUCCCUACAAGAAGCAUACAUGGCAGUCAAAGAAGGUGGCACUACCAAAAGGAGUUCAAUUGGUGGAUGGUUCUUCCCACUUGGUAUGAUCGUGGCGUGUGCUCUCGUUGCUGCUGUAGUGAUUGGUAGAAAAAAGUCUGAGAGGUUCCGUGAUGGCACAGACAGAAUGAUGUCGGCCGCGGAUUGUAGUUCCGGCCGCCACGGCAGUCAGUUCUCCCCCGUAAAACCACGCUCUAACACGGCAGACGGCAUGGGAGACACGCCCGUCUAA